UGCUCCGGUCUCGGGGGGAGCCUCCGCACCCGCCGCCGCGCCGCCUCCACGGGCCGGGCCGGGCGGGCGGGAGGCGGCCCCAGGGCCUUGCGGAGGAGCGGGCGGGACAUGGCGGCGGGCGUGGGGAUGCGCGGCCUCGGCAGGCAAUCUGGUGCUCUGAAGAGGAAGCUCCAGUCGCCACAUGGAACUCCACCCGUGAAACGCAAACGUAAAUUAUCCAUAAACCCCUUCAGGAAGGGUGCCACGGAAGCUGACAGGAGGGAGGAGGGAAGCUCAUCACGAAAAACUGUUCCUAAGAAGCAGCUGAUUGACAAACAGAAUGAAAGCCAGAAGAGCAAAUCUUUCAUCAAGACAUCCAGCCUGUUUAAAAACAACCCAGACAUCCCAGAAAUUCACAGAAAAGAAGUGCAGCAGGUGCAAGAAAAUGUUUUCACUACAGAUUCCUUCAGCCAGCUGGACCUCCACCCACAUCUGAUCUCCACAAUAAACACUGUCCUAAACAUUUGCAGCAUGACUAGUGUUCAGAAGCAAACGAUUCCUGUGCUCCUGCAAGGCAGAGAUGCCCUGGUGAGAUCUCAGACUGGUUCAGGUAAAACUCUUGCCUAUGGGAUUCCACUUGUGCAGUCUUUGCAAGGAAUGGAAUGCAAAAUACAGCGCAGCGAUGGCCCCUACGCACUUGUGCUCGUCCCAACCAGGGAGCUUGCACUCCAAAGUUUUGAUACAAUCCAGAAACUACUUAAGCCAUUUACCUGGAUUGUGCCUGGAGUGCUAAUGGGGGGAGAAAAGAGAAAAUCAGAAAAAGCCAGGUUAAGGAAAGGGAUAAAUAUCCUCAUCUCCACCCCGGGCCGCCUGGUUGAUCACAUCAGGUCCACGCAGUGUAUUCAUUUCCGUCACACUCAGUGGCUGAUUAUUGAUGAAGCAGACAGGAUCCUGGACCUGGGCUUUGAGAAGGAUGUGGCUGUGAUACUCAAUGCUUUAAAUGCUGAGAGAGAGACACGUCAGAAUGUGCUGCUCUCAGCCACCCUCACCGAAGGAGUGACACGCCUGGCUGAUAUCAGCUUGAAUGACCCUGUCAGCAUUUCCAUAGCAGAUGAAAUCCAGAAGGUGCCUGAACCAGCAUCACAAACAGACAGGGAAGCCAGCAGGUCAUUGAACUGCAUGGAGCAGGAAAACUUUGCUGUUCCAGAGACACUCCAGCAGUAUGUCAUGAUGGUCCCCAGCAAACUGAGGCUUGUCACGUUAGCAGCUUUUAUCCUGCAGAAAUGCAAGUUUGAAAAGCGCCACAAGAUGAUCAUCUUUUUCUCCAGCUGUGAACAAGUGGAAUUCUACCACGAGCUCCUUGCAAAGGUCCUUUCAGGAGGGCCAGAGUCAGAACAGCCUGGACGUUCACCCCUCUCCUCUGUGAGCUUACAUUUUCUACGUCUGCACGGUGACAUGGAACAGGAAGAGAGGACAGAGGUCUUCCAGGAAUUCCUAAAAUCCAAGACUGGCAUCUUGCUUUGCACUGAUGUAGCAGCACGGGGGCUGGACCUGCCUCAAGUGACGUGGAUUGUACAGUACAACGCCCCGGCUUCACCUGCGGAAUACAUCCACCGGAUCGGGAGGACGGCGCGCAUCGGCUGCCGCGGGAGCAGCCUGCUCGUGCUGGCUCCUUCCGAGGCAGAAUAUGUCAGCUUGCUGGCUUCUCACAAGAUUAAUGUUUCAGAGCUGAAGAUGGAGAAGGUGUUAGCCAGCCUGAUGAAAGAUGAUCGCUUCAGGUUGCACAGACCACGAAGCAAGAAAUCCUGUGGCAAGAACCCUCAGGAAGUCCGGGAGAGGGCCACAGUUCUGCAGACAAAAUUUGAAAAUCUCGUCCACUCCAGCGAGGGGACUGUCCAGUGGGCAAAGAAAGCACUGCAGUCUUUCCUGUGUGCCUAUACCACCUAUCCCAAGGACCUCAAGCACAUCUUCCACAUCAAAUCUCUCCACCUGGGUCAUGUGGCCAAGAGCUUUGGGCUGAGAGAUGCCCCCCAGAACCUGACUGCUCUUCCAGCUGCUGGCUCAAAGAAGAAAACCAAGCCAAGACCAAAAAGAGGUCUUUGUGCAAACCAGCUGUCCCCUUAGCUGGAGUGGAUCUUGCAAAACCCGAUCUGAAGACGGAAAAAUAAUUGCCGGCGCUGUUUUCAGAAAGUUGCAACGCUGUGUUGAGGUGAGAGAUGAGCACAAGAACCAGAUACUGCAUAUUGAAUUACAGUACAUCAGCUUAGUCAGUGUCUGGGCUCAUGCUUUGACUGCAGGCUAGAGGCAAGGAAGCUGAUCCCACCUCCACUGAGGGAUUAGCUGUCCUUGCUUCGCCGUGGAGUCGCAGCACGCCGAGGAAGUGGCUGACAGGCCAGAUAGAUUUGUCUUUUGACUCCUUCACAAUGCACAUGCCACAGACCCACUGCCAUUCCACCAUGCAUCCCUGUGCUGCUCAGGCUUUUGCAUUCUGGAUCAACUGAGGGCCUGCUUUGCCUUUGAAAUCAGGAGGGCCAGUGUGUGCCCCCAAAGGCUUUCACUGCAGUGAGCAGUUGCGACUUAAUUUGGCUUUUUUGUGAGUUGAAGCCAUUACAAAGAAAGCUGAUUCUGUGGAACUCCCUGCUACAGGAAUUUCUGAUGCAAGAAAUGCUCAGAAGGAUUGAAUUUACUUAUGAGUAUCAAGAAUUUCUACAGCUUAUGCAAAAAGUGAUAUAAAAACAAAGGUGAAAACCCCCUCGUGCUUCAGAGUUUAAGUCAACCCUCAAGUGAAAUGGGAUCAGGAAGAGGAGUUUGAGAGCACUGCUGUACAUCAUUAUCACAGUGCCAUUGCUCUGAUGUGGAGAUGGGCAUGGCCUGAAGGCUUUGGCUGCAGGAUCAUUGUGUUAAUUCAUUCUUCAGCAUGGUCAGAUAGAAUCAGACAGCUCCUGGGAAACAGACCCUGUAGCCCUGUGUCCUCCACGUGGCCAGGGCAGCAGUUUCCUUUGGGUGCAAACUGGUGGCCUUUUACCUUCUCUCCCCCUCACAUCCUUGGUUCCACUUUUGAACAUCUUGGCAUUGACAAUUUUUGAAAAAUACAGGGCUUGUGACUCGAGGCUGCAGCUGGGCCUCCCUGCACAGCAAUUGUCUCAUCAUUAGAAGCACUUUGCUUGCCAGUUUUUAUGUGCACACUUAGAGCUUUCCUGAUAUCACUUAAUUAGUCAAAAUGCAGCUUUGGAAUUCUGCCCACUGGGAAUUUCACUUUGAGCAGUCUGUUCUAGAAAGCCAACGUGGAGCUCAGGUAAGAGCUUGGGCAAAUGGAGCCAAAAAUGAGAGGAAGAGACAUGGCUGCUGUGAAAGGAAACAUCACCAUCACUCUUCAUUAAGGCAGUUCAGGGACACAGGUGAGUCCUGGCUACCACAUCAUGAUGGUAUAAAAGAAAUCUUCUUAUGAAAUUAAAGUUUUAUAGUUGUAAAAUCCAUCUGAUUGUUCCCUGCAUACAGCAGUGCCCUUUAUUACUGUCCUGUUCCACUGUGGCUGCAGCACAGAGCCUUUGCUCCAUCUCUAAUCAAGUUAACAGUGCUUGCCCACAGAGCUGGAAAACCUCUGUGCUGGGGGCUGUGCACCAAAAAUUGCCAUCUCUCUCUAAUUGAAGUACAUUCUGAUCUCUAGGCUGGGAAAGGGCCUGACAGAAGCAAGAAUCCUGGGAGGAUCCCAGCCUCCCAGUGCUGCUUUUGUCCUUUUUCCAUAGGGUGAAGACCAAGGGAUGGCAGUGAAAGUGAGACUGGGGUUUCUGUGUGGCUGAAAUGCAUUUAACUUCAGUAGGGCAAGGUGGGCUUUGCUGCUCAGCACACCCUAGUGUGGAGACCACCCUGCCCUGAAUGUUCUGGAACAGGCUUGGUGCUCAUUCUGGCUGGGUAAUAAUUUUCCUUGAUCUUCUCAAGCAUCUGCAUCAGCUGGGAGCAGAGGACCUGGGCCAUCUGUUGACCUGUCGAGAGCAGUGGAGGAUUGCUGAUGGAUUUCUUGCCCCCACUCUGCAAAAACAACAGCAGCAAAACCAACCCAAACAGGGUUGCAUUGGCUGCAGAUGGUUCAUGCAAUGCUCUAAGUAGGAAAAGCAGGUGUUGCAGCAGCCUUGGCCCAGAGGUAACCCAGCUCUGCUGCUGGCACAGUGUCAAGGAGCUGUUGGAGAUGCUGUCAGGCAGAUUGAUGGUGCAAUCCACGUUGAAAUGUUUUCUGAUAAAUGGAACAGCCUCCUCGGGUCUCCUCCAAAGACACACCAUGAGUCCUGGGACUGAGUGUCAGAACUUCAUCCUCCUCCUUCCUCAGCUGGAGCAGUUUGGGAGCCUUUGGAUGCUGCAGAUGCUGGGAGUUGGUUAAAGGUCACUACACCUGUGCACUGCAUUGCAGCAGCAUCUCACACAGCAAGACAAAGGAACAGGCAGUGAUGCCAGCCAGGGUGAGAGGCACCUCCAAGAACAAGAUCACUCACACUGAGUGUGAAAGAUGAGCAGAGGCAUCUUCUGAGCCAGGAGAAGGAGAUCAGUGCAAAGCAUUCAGAUUUCCUCAGAGAUGGAGGGUUGGGAAGCACCUGCAUCCCUGAGAUCCCUGUGGCUCCCAGGUGGGGAAGGGGAGCAGCAGGCUGGGAGCAGCUCUGGAAGUGGGUGUAGAAGGGAACUGAAGCAAAGGAGAGAAGGAUUUUACUCUUUCCUUCACUGAACACUUUUUCUUCCAGAUGUUCCUCUCUUGCCUUUUCAUCAUUCAGUGAUGUAUUUAGCAAGAUUCACAAGUUUCUCAUGUUUAAACAGUGUUUAAAUCUUUCCAGUUUAUGAAGGAUAAGAGUUUUUGGUGGUGGU